UCCAACCACACGCAAGGGAAAACGAGAAGAGACAAGCGGUGAAAGUGAUCCAAGCAGCUGAAACUCACGGCGAUGGAGGAGGACAUGCAUCUGGCGGACGAGGGACUCUACGUCCCUAAAAUAUGCAGACAGCGGAGUCCCUACAGCGCCCUGAAAACCUUCCCCAGCAAGCGGUCGGCGGGGAAGACGCGGUAUGAGCGACCCACCAUGGUAGACAUCCCGCUGCUGGGAGGCGGCGGCGGCGGCGACGGCGGAGGAGGAGGAGGAGAGCAUCCUAACCAGAAUCAGCACCAUCAGCAUCAGCAGCAUAUUCAGCCACAUCAGCCGUCCCUGAUCAGCAGCAGCGAUCAUCGCCACCCGCCGCAGCGCUCCCCCGGGCCCGGCUUCCGCGUCGCCACCUCCACUUCGGCGACGUCGGCAGCCACAGCAUCCCUCGGCAGCCCGCGGAGUGUCGGCGGCGCGGCGGGGCACCAAACCUCCGGGCAUCCAGCCGCCAACUCCGCUCUCUGUCACGACUCUCCAGACUGCAGCCAGGGGCUCAGCGCAGAGAACCGGCUCAUCCUGGAUGCCUUUGCGCAGCAGUGCAGUCGCGUCCUCAGCCUCCUGAAUGGCGGCGGGCAGCUGCUGGACCCCCGGCCGUAUGCCUCGGCGUCAUUCAUGUCCCAAAUCAAGCAGGAGGAAGGUGGAUAUGUGGAGAGAGAGCUGCCCGAGGGGUCCUGCCAACCCGAUAAGGUGGGGCCUGCAGAGGUGGAGACAUCAGAGGCGGGGCUGGAGGCAGAGCCUCUGCACAGCCAUCGGAGGCAGCAGCAGACCUCGGCCAUCCUGCACGCCUUCACCGAGUCGCUCUACGGCUACCUGACGGCCGGCUCCCGGCCCAAACCCGGCUACUGCCACCCCGCCGACCCGGACGUCCUCCCAUCCUCUCCAUCCCACACCCUGGGUGGAUGGACCUCGCCCACAACCUCGGAGUCUCACGGACACCCGUCGUCUACGUUCCCUGAGGAAGAGGAUGAGGAGGAAGCCUGCUGCCCACGCUGCCUGGAGCUGGAGCAGGAGGUGCUGUGCCUGCAGCAGGAGAACGAGGAGCUGCGCAGCAAGCUGGACAGCGUGCCAGUACCGUGCCAGAACGUUCUGGAUUUCUUCAAGGCAGUCCUGCAGCACCACAAUCAGUUCAUGCAGCCGCCGCCGGAGGAGCAGCUGACAGAGGGCAGUAAGCAGCUCCUGGGAAACUACCCCGUCUUCAUCACCAACAAGCAGUGGGACGAGGCCGUCAACUCCUCCAAGAAGGACGGGCGCCGGCUGCUGCGUUACCUGAUCCGCUUCGUCUUCACCACCGACGAGCUGAAGUACUCGUGUGGCCUGGGCAAGCGCAAGCGCUCGGUGCAGACGGGCGAGGCCGGACCUGAGAGGCGCCCGCUCAACCCCGUCAAGGUCACGUGUCUCCGAGAGUUCAUCCGCAUGCACUGCGCCUCCAAUCCAGACUGGUGGAUGCCGUCUGAGGAGCAGAUCAACAAGGUGUUCAGCGACGCGGUGGGCCACGCACGGCAGGGCCGGGCUGUGGGCACCUUCCUGGGUGGGGGCAGUAGUGGUGGGUCACUCGGCGCUGAGGUAUUCGACGGUCACCUGUCCCAGGACGAGGUCUUCUUCAAGGGGUCCCAGGAUGGCUCAGGGGACUGAGUGGGACGUCAGGGGUGGGUGAGAUGCCUUCUUAACCUGGCCAGUCUGGCCACUCUGGGAAACCAGUUAACAUUCCAGAGAGCAAACAGACUCUCCCAAACA